CGACUCUUUCCCUGCACUACACUCUAGUUUUGCCAUCUACUCUUGUUCUUGCAGUGCAACGUCGACCAUCACCAUCUGUCAUAUAAUUUCGCGGCAUAAUCCAUGUCACUGCUCAACAAGUUUCUGGACAAGACCAUCCAUCGGAAAAGGUCUGGGCAUGAACAUGCCAUGGACACGGACCAUGUCGGUGCCUCCGUUGACUCGAACGACUUUGGGCACGAUGAGCAGCCCCGAUAUGAAGCCCGAGUCGGCACAAACAGCGGCCAUAACAUGUCCCCCAUGGCCACAACCAUGAUUUCACCUAUCAGCUAUAAGGGUGAUGCUACGACCCUCAACAGCAACGUUGGUGUCGGCAACACAGCCAAUAUCCAGAGCAGUCAGGCAGGAGGAUACAGUAACAAAAAUGGCUCUGGAUAUCAGCAGAGUCGUCGAGCUUCAAACCCAUUCACCACCUUCGACUACAAUACUCACUUUAACGGCCACGGCUAUAGCCACGACGACUCCAAGCUACAGUCCGCCUCCGAGUCCAACCCCGACAUCCAGCAGAUUCCACCAUCUGGCCAGGCCUCGCCCUUGACCUCGUCCAACAACACCGCAUCAGCCUCAACCUCAACCUCAGUCCCAGUGCAGCAGCAAACGACGCUUGCCACACCUGCUACGCCUGCCACAACAUCCCAGAGCCCCGUUGGAAAUAAUCUGUCACUGGACCAGCUUCAGUUGAGUUCCUCAAAGAACCAGCAGCAGCAACCUCAGUUUCAGCAACUACAGCAGCCCCAACCCCAGCAACAACAGUAUUACCAGCAGCAGCAAGGUGGUCAAUUAACAAAUAGCAUGCAAUCUGUCGAAAUGGUCUCUGCCGACGCCAACUUGCCCGAACGUCAACAACUGGAGCAGCGGCAACUGGAGCAGCAGAAACAACAGCAGGCGCAAUUGCAGCAACAGCAGCAAACAGAGCAAACACAGCAGCAGGCACAGCUACUUGCACAGCAGCAAGCACAAGCCCAGCAGGCACAGCGGCUAGCACAGCUUUCCCAGCAGCAUACACAGCAACAACAGCAACAAGUUCAGCAAGUUCCACAACAAGCCCAUCAGCAAGGGCAAUUACGGCAACCACAACAACAAGCCGCCCGACGCAAGUUCAACCUGAAUGAUUUCCGGAUCCAUCGAACACUGGGUACAGGCUCGUUUGGUCGUGUGCACCUGGUGCAGUCUCGGUACAACUCUCGGUUCUAUGCUAUGAAGGUGCUGAAGAAGACGGAGGUCGUCCGACUGAAGCAGGUUGAGCACACGAACAACGAGAAGAUGAUUUUGGAACGCGUCGAACACCCGUUCUUGAUCAACCUCUGGGGCACGUUCCAGGACGAGCGCAAUCUGUACAUGGUCAUGGAUUAUGUCGUUGGAGGCGAGCUAUUCUCCGUUUUGAGGAAAAGUCAGCGCUUCCCGGAACACGUAGCGCGAUUUUAUACAUGUGAGGUCCUCCUUGCACUCGAGUACCUCCACUCCCAUGCAGUCAUCUACCGUGAUCUCAAACCCGAGAACCUACUACUCGACUCUCUGGGACACAUCAAGAUCACAGAUUUCGGAUUCGCAAAGCAUGUCCCUCAGAACAUGACCUGGACGCUGUGCGGUACACCCGAUUACUUGGCACCGGAGAUCAUUCAGUCGAAGGGAUACGGCAAAGCAGUCGACUGGUGGUCAAUGGGCGUGCUGAUGUUUGAGAUGUGUGCAGGAUUCCCGCCCUUCUUUGACGAGGACCACAUCAAGCUGUAUGGCAAAAUCAUGGCGGGCAAGGUCAAGUACCCAUCGCAUUUCUCAUCAUCACUCAAAGAUCUGUUGAAGCGGCUCCUGACCGCGGACCUGACGAAGCGGUACGGAAACUUGAGAGGAGGCGCGACGGAUAUCAAGAACCAUGCGUGGUUCGAGGGCGUCAACUGGGAUCAGGUCUAUCAGAGGCAGAUCGAGGCGCCCUACCGACCAACGAUCUUAGGAGAGGGCGACGCCAGCAAUUUUGAUGACUACCCCGAGGACGCGGAACAGUAUGGAGUCUACCCGCCAGGGGAGGUCGAUGAGCUCGGAUCAUACUUCCCAGGAUUCUAGAGGAGGGACGACACAAGGACAGCGUGUUGGUCUGCUUUAUUUGUUUGCGUUGGAAAGAAGGGGUAUGGGGGAGGGGAGGGUUUGAAAGCGACGUACGAUAGCCGCAACCUGUAUUUAUCUAAGUUUUGGGUACUCUCAUUUUUGUUCAAUCGCCUCAGUUACUCUCUAGGCGUCUUUCUGCUUUAUUUUUGUCACAGUUCUAAAUGCCGAAAUCUGUUCUCAUGUCUCCCUGUUGUCGAUGAUGAUGAUGAUGAUGAUAAUGAUGAU